UGCUCCUUCUUGUCAUUUUUGCACUACUACACAUUCGUAUUAAUGGCCUUUAUGGUCAACAAAUAACCUGGUCUCCUGGAAUUGGAUGCGAGUUUAUAGAGAAAGCAUUAAUGCAUUGGCAAGUGAAUCCACCUUGGACAGCGGGAAUGUGCUGCUCUAACAGUAAUGAAUUUACUGAUCCAAACUCAUCAAAAAAUUACAAAGGUGAUAUGGUAUACUGCGAUGCUGUUGGUAAUAUUUUGACCUUGAAUCUUGGUAUAUCUAAUCAAAGUCAGUACAAUAGCAUAUUUCUACAAACUGCUGCUGUUAGUGCAACUGAGCUUCCUUCCGAAUUGGCUUCUCUACCAUCAUUGAAAAACCUAUACGUUUCUGGUAGAAACCUUGCUGGUUCAAUUCCAUCCUCGUUUGCUGGACUAACGGGUCUUGAAACGCUUGAUUUGUCAAAAAACAACCUAAAUGGUGCACUUGCCACUUUGACAAAUUUAUCAUCACUAACAUCAUUAGAUCUUAGUGGCAACCCCAUCAAUGGAGAUUAUACGCCGUUGAAUGGAAAGAUAUUUACCUAUAUAAACCUGAGCGGAACAAACAUUGCAGGACAAAUCUCAAAUGUGACUUUUACUAGCAAUUCUAUGUGUACAUGGCCUAGUUCAUCCACAUCCAGUGCACAAUCAAAUUCCUGUGUUAUACCUGGUGGUAAAUUAUGUGGCAGUAUUUCAUACUGUUCUCAAUCUGCAAUCAAUGAAGCAUCCAGUAUGACGCAAGUAUUGAACGCUAUGCCAACAUCAUCUCAAUCGCCAGUAUCUCACGCAGAAAUAGAGUCUGGCCCAAGUUUUGGCAUUUCAUCCAUGGUGGGAAUCAUGAUAGCUAUUGGAUUCAUAUGUUUUGCCGGUCUAGUUGUUGCAGGAUCAUUUAUUAUUGGUAGACAUCAACAGCGACGCAUGCAUGAUCGAUGCUCAGUCCUAAUCACCAACUCCAUGCCAAGGCAUUCCUCGUUGAUGCAUGCCCGGAAUUCUAAACACCGAUCGCGGUUUUCAUGGAAGUUGGAAGAUUCGCCUAAAUUGAUUAUCCCUGACAAUGCCUAUUUCUCAUCCACUGCCUCGAUCAUCUCAGCUACAACUCCAAUCACUCCAGUCACUCCCAUUACCCCUGUAAUCUAUGAUCGCUACGCUCAUGCUUGAUGUUAUUUUCUGCCGAGGUAAUGUUGGUAAAUAAUCAAUCGAAUUUCGAUUUAUAGUGUUUGAAAUCAGUGCUUUGAUCAAUACAUCAGCUCAUAUAUAAAAAUAUCAAAUACUAUCUGUGUAUUGUUGCAGAAUAAACAGCAGUGCUUCAUUUUAACA